AUGAAAAAUUAUUCACUAUAUAAGUGCUCUGCUGAAGACUGCAGCAAUACUGCCAAUGUAAAAUGCUCUUGCUCCCCAAUCGGCGUAUUUCUAUGUGCUGAACAUCUUGGCAUUCAUUUAAUCUUAACUUAACUUAAUAUUUACAGGCGUCCGCCGUAGUGUUGACGCAGUCACCAAGGACCCAGUAUUAGGGUUCACCUGCUUUGCGGUAUAGUCCAAACUGGCCAUAUAAAACCAGUCACCAGGACAUACACCUACUCCUUCCCACGCGCGUGAGCCGUGGCUUAGUGUUGAGUGGGCGGGCUAUGGGCUUCUGCGGCUGCUGCUUGAGUUGACGAGAGUUGGCUCUCUGAAAUUCCAAAAAAUGGAAUUUCUGAUCACCUUUCGGCAAAAAGGGAAACUCCAAAUCCUGGGACGUAACGCCCAGUUUCACACGCUAGGUAGUUGCCCGAAUGGUCUAGGCAUUGCCUGUAGACUCUGCUGGGCUUACCCUUUCCAAACCUGGGAACCCUUUUCUCUCGGGGAGAAAAUCCAUUCUGGUCGUUGAGCAUGGGCCAGGCUCUGCUCUGCAGAAUUGCUUACCAUGGCAUUGUUGCUCAUUUCCGGAAUGGCAAAACCUUGCCGGAUAUAAUUAAAAUAUGAGUCGAGUAUGUGUGGCCGGAGGCCACACCCAGACGAAGACGCCAUAUUUUAAUUAUGGCAUUCAUUUAAUCAAGGUUCCUGGACAACAUAACUAUCAAAAGCUUUUUGAGGAAGCGAACCCAAAAGCCAAAGAAGAUGGGAUUAAGUUUUUAUUGUCAAAGAUAAUGGAACUAAAAGACAUUAAAAAUUCUUUACUCCAUCUGGUUAACGAACAAAAUAAUUUUGCUUCUCACAGAGUUCUUAUUUUUUUAAUUUACAUCGAAAUUUUAUAAAAAUUUCCACAUGGGGAAAUUGGAAAGAAAAAAUAAUUUAAUUUGUAAAGUUUCUGUUUUAAAAUGCAAGCUGUUUAAAAACAAACAGAAUUAGCUGGAGAUAUCAUUACACUAACCAUCAAUUAUAUUUCAUAAAACAUUUUUACAUUAAGCAUUUUUUGUUAUUUUUUCAAUGUUUUUGUUCGAGGGGAAAAUAAUGAAAAGAAUUUUCAAUGGGCUUCUCACCAUUGAAAACAACCUAAUGACCAAUAUUGCUUUAUUGGACUCACAUAUCAAUUAUUACAAAAAGUAUAUUUCUACAGUAAGAAAUGCCAAUGAAAUCAAUAGUAGUGAGGAUGAUUUAAAAUGGUUAGCCUUGUCACCUCUCGAAGCGGUAAAUUAUCUAAAGAGGGUAACUAGAGUUACUUUAAGAGAUGUAUCAUUGGAUUUUUUGACCGAUGAAAUUUAUAAGUUUGCGAAUAAAAAUAUUCAAAGAACUUCUUUAUUAUUUCCUGAUGAAGCUAAGACGUUGCAUUUCAGAGAAGAUAAAAGUACGAUAAAAGAAUUGGUUGAAACUAAGGAUUUAUUGGAAAACUGAAAAAAUAAGCACAAUAAGCUAGAGGUGAGCAUCGCAAAAAUAAGGAGGGAUUGUGAUAUUUAUAAACAAGACAAAGACAUUGCUGAUAAAAAACUCAGAGAGCUCACUUCUGAGAAAGAGAAAUCUGACGAAGAAAAAAGAAAAGCCAUACAAGAGCUUCAAGAGGAAAAUUUAAAACUAACCUCUUUUUUAAGAAUAAAAUUUUUCUGAAAGCCUUAAAAUUUAUAAGAUGAUUUUAUUUUAAAAAUCCCAAUCUUUCAGAAAAAUCUUAUUUAAUUAUAAAAUUUAUAUGUUUAAUUGAGAGAUAUUUAGAAUAAAUAUAAUUGGCUAGAUUAUUAAUUUUAUAUAAAAAAAAAAAUUUCCCCUCACUCUUAAAUGACAUUAUUUACCAAAAAUAUUUAUUUCCAAUAGUUUGUUCACUCUUUAAGAGUGAUAGUAAGAAAAAUUAUACAUGAUAACGAUGGAAAAUAUCAAGAGCUUAUGAAAGCAUUUAAUGAUGAAAGAGAAUAUAUUAUGAAAAGAGGUGGGCCAAGAAUUCCAUGCGGAGUAUGCCGAAGGUUUUUCUAUGAAGAUCAAGUGACACGAAAUCAAUGCGGCUGUAUUUGUUGCAAAUUUUGCAAUUUCCCUCCUUAUAAAAUAGAGAAGAAAAUGUGAAGAUUUAGCUUGACAAACUUCUAUCUCUGCUUAGUUUGUAAUAAAAAACGCAGAGAAGGAGGCGAACAUUGGAAAGAAAUUAGUCAAUAA